UUUCGUUUCUCAUGUGUUAGUAUGAACUUCUUAAUAAAUUGUAGAGGAUAAUUAUGAACUAUUUAUGCUUCUUUUAUGUGUUUCAAUUCCUUGUUUAGGUCCUUGCACUGACUAGUUAGUUUUCUAGACAUUUGACUAAGCCUACCUUAACUGAUAUUGGUUGGGAUGACUUAAAGUCUAGAUAUCUGUUGGAAUGUGUUGGAUUUCUGUAGAAGGCAGUAUCCAGACCACCGCCUGUCCUUCGUUUUACCCUGUAAUCCAACAUAGGUAAUUCUCCUUGUUGAUUUUCUACUUGGUACUUAAUGACUGUGAGUCAAGUCAAGUACAUAGGUCAAAAUAGCCGGUCGGGGUCAGUUUAGAAUAGCGGGAGAUGGAAAUUUAUCUAAAUGUAGAAUUGCAGUAAUCUAGAAAGACACUUAGGUAUUAACACACAAUCACACAAUAGGGUAGGAUAAAACCAAUGUAAUUAAGUAGAGAGACAGAGGGGAGAGAUCAUGUUGACAUGAAUAAUGAGCAAUGAUAAUUUAUCCUCGACACUUUAUCAUCCAAUACAGAAUACUGUAUCAUUCAAUGUGUGUUAUAAAUCCAUUAAAUAAGUCUAUUAUGAGAUAAAAUUGUACCAUGGUUCCCAGGUUUUACAUGUAUAUUAGGGAAGAAUUGUGAUUUUUAGGCUAUCUCUUCUGUUGUAAUUCAUUUCUAGUUACGCAUAGACUUUGUUAAAGACAGCAACAAUCCAUUACAGUACGAUAACUUCAUGAAAAAAAUGUCUAUUGUAAUGAAGAACGGUUACCUGUGAAACGUUAUUAAAAGAUGCCUAUCCUAUGCAUCAUCACCGACUACUUUAAUCAUCAGAAAUCAACAGACGAACCAGCCUUACUAUUCGUACAUUAAGAACAUGAUUAAAAGUAUUCAAUUUAGAGAACAUAGCGCAAUCAUUAUGUAUAAGGUAUACCACAUAAGUGUUAUUUAUCAUAUUCCACCUGUGUACAACUGAUUUAAUUUUAUGUUCCCUUUGUUUGUUUGUUUUUGUCACCUGUCUCAGAUCUCGUUAUCCGGAUAUGGAUCAACUAGCCGAUAUGAUUACAUCAGUUCUUGUACAUUUCGGGAUAAAUUAUUUUUUAGGCUUGGAAUGGGUGCAGGUUCAAACAUUCUUGCUCGAUAUGCUCUACGUUAUCCAGAUCAGGUUUUGGGUUUAUUUCUUAUUAAUCCGAAUGCAACAACACAUGGUUAUUACCAAUGGUUCCGUAAUGUUUGGUCUGAUUUACCAGCACUUGAACGUGGUGUACUCACUGAUAGUCUAAUGAGUCAAUUAGAAGCUCAUUGGUUCGGUUAUGGUUUAGUUGAAAGUGUUGAUGUUGCCAAUUUCUAUGAAUCAUUGACACGUAGUCUAAAUCCAGUCAAUUUAGCUGGUUAUAUACGUUCAUAUGUGGAUAGAACACCAUUGCCGUUGGUUCGACCAAUUGGUCCACCAAUGCCAUCAACAACCGAUAAUCAGGUGAAUAGUGGUAAUGAAGAGCCAACAGUUAUACAAACUGAAGUUUGUCUAGUUACUGGUGAUCGUGCUGUUGAAUUAUCACGUGCAUUAGCCGAUAUGAAUGGACGUAUGGAUCCAAAACGUACACAGUUUCUAACGAUGCCUGAUUGUACUGGUAUGGUUAUGGAAGAGAAUCCUGAUAAACUGAUAAUGAAUUUUCUACAUUUUCUACGUAGUAUUGGACUAGUUGUCAAUUUGACACCGGAUAAAUUACGUCAACAAGCUGCAGAACUUCAACAAUCUUUACUGGGAGAAUUGCCUGAAAUGUGUUUACCAGCUCAAUUAGUUAUGGAACCAGAAGUUUAAUUGGUUGAUUAACUGACAACUUUUGAUGGGGAUGGUGCAAUAAUGCCAUUAAUUGUUAACAAUAGUAAUCUAAUACUUCAUUGAUUCAUAGUGAUUGGUGAUAAUUACGAUAUUCCUAUUGAUUUGUUACUCACUCAUCUGUCUGACAGUUGGAUUAUCUACACACUCACCCACACCUACACACACACACGCACGCACGCACACAUACACAUACAUACCUUGCCUUCUUCUUA